AUGCUCUCACUCCCAGCCUACCACACCCAUACUCCCACUCCCAUACUCUCACUCACAUACUCUCACUCCCAUACUCUCAUCACUCCCAUACUCUCACUCCCACCUCUCACUCCCAUCCUCUCACUCCCAUCCUCUCACUCCAUCCUCUCACUCCCACCUCUGACUACCAUACUCUCACUCCCAUCGGCUCACUCCAAUCGCCUCCCUCCCAUCGCCUCCCUCCCAUCGCCUCCCUCCCAUCGCCUCCUUCCCAUCGCCUCCCUCCCAUCGCCUCCCUCCCAUCGCCUCCCUCCCAUCGCCUCCCUCCCACCGCCUCCCUCCCACUGCCUCCCUCCCACCGCCUCCCUCCCACCGCCUCCCUCCCACCGCCUCCCUCCCACUGCCUCCCUCCCACCGCCUCCCUCCCACUGCCUCCCUCCCGCCGCCUCCCUCCCACUGCCUCCCUCCCACCGCCUUCCUCCCAUCGCCUCCCUCCUCUGCCUCCCUCCCACCGCCUCCCUCCCACCGCCUCCCUCUCACUGCCUCCCUCCCACCGCCUCCCUCUCACCGCCUCCCUCCCACUGCCUCCCUCCCACCGCCUCCCUUUCACCGCCUCCCUCCCACUGCCUCCCUCCCACCGCCUCCCUCUCACCGCCUCCCUCCCACUGCCUCCCUCCCACCGCCUCCCUCCCACUGCCUCCCUCCCACCGCCUCCCUCCCACCGCCUCCCUCCCACCGCCUCCCUCCCACCGCCUCCCUCCCACCGCCUCCCUCCCAUCGCCUCCCUCCCACCGCCUCCCUCCCACCGCCUCCCUCCCACCGCCUCCCUCACAUCGCCUCCCUCCCAUGGCCUCACAUGGCAGUGAUCAUGCCGGAGGGGUCGCACGUGAGGCCCGUGGCACUGCUGCAGUCGGGACUCGCACCACUCCACCUGGAGAUGCUCUGCCCCCAUGCCGCCUGGCACUCCUGCAGGAAUUGCACUGCAACGAGUGGCAGUGGGAGGGGGGCAGAGGGGGGCGAAGAGGGGGGGUGAGCUGCGAAGCGCGUACAUCGCCCUCGCUCUGUCCGCCCUCUCUCUCUGCCCAUCGUACUCGCCCUCUCUCUCUGUCACUCGCCCCUGCUCUAUCACUCGCCCCUGCUCUGUCACUCGCCCCUGCUCUGUCACUUGCCCUUGCAAUCUGUCCUUCGUCCUUGCUCUUUGACUUUCGCUACUUUUUAUCCUUCGCCCUUCUUCUCUGCCCCUCGCCUCUCUUUGUCCUUCGCCCUUCCUCUCUGCCCCUCGCCUCUCUCUGUCCUUCGCCCAUGCUCUGUCCGCUCUUUUCUCUCUGUCCGCCCUUUGCUCUAGGAUCGAUCGAUCUUGCUCUGACCUUCGCCUCGCUGUCUGCCCAUCGCCAUUUCGCUCUCUGUCCAUCGCCCUUUCGCUCUCUGUCCUUCGCCCUUUCUCUCUCUGUCCGUCGCCCUUUCGCUCUCUGUCCAUCGCCCAUUCGCUCUCUGUCCAUCGCCCUUUUGCUCUCUGUCCAUCGCCCUUUCGCUCUCUGUCCAUCGCCCUUUCGCUCUCUGUCCAUCGCUCUUUCGCUCUCUGUCCAUCGCCCUUUCGCUCUCUGUCCAUCGCCCUUUCGCUCUCUGUCCUUCGCCGUUUCUCUCUCUGUCCGUUGCCCUUUCGCUCUCUGUCCAUCGCCCUUUCACUCUCUGUCCAUCGCCCUUUCGCUCUCUGUCUAUCGCCCUUUCGCUCUCUGUCCAUCCCCUUUCGCUCUCUGUCCUUCGCCCUUUCUCUCUCUGUCCGUCGCCCUUUCGCUCUCUAUCCAUCGCCCUUUCGCUCUCUGUCCAUCGCUCUUUCGCUCUCUGUCCAUCGCCCUUUUGCUCUCUGUCCAUCGCCCAUUCUCUCUCUGUCCAUCGCCCUUUCGCUCUCUGUCCAUCGCCCUUUCGCUCUCUGUCCUUCGCCCUUUUGCUCUCUGUCCAUCGCACUUUCGCUCUCUGCCCGUCGCCCUUUCGCUCUCUGUCCUUCGCCCUUUCGCUCUCUGUCCUUUCGCUCUCUGUCCAUCGCCCUUUCGCUCUCUGUCCAUCGCCCUUUUGCUCUCUGUCCAUCGCCCUUUCGCUCUCUGUCCUUCGCCCUUCCGCUUUCUUGCCAUCUCCCUUUCGCUCUCUGUCCAUCGCCCUUUCGCUCUCUGUCCUUCGCCCUUUCGCUUUCUGGCCAUCUCCCUUUCGCUUAAUGUCCAUCACCCUUUCGCCCUCUGUCCAUCGCCCUUUCGCUCUCUGACUGACGCCCUUUCGCUCUCUGUCCAUCGCCCUGUCGCUUUCUGGCCAUCUCCCUUUCCCUCUCUGUCCAUCGCCCUUUCGCUCUCUGUCCUUCGCCCGUUCGCUUUCUGGCCAUCUCCCUUUCGCUCUCUGUCCAUCGCCCUUUUGCUCUCUGUCCAUCGCCCUUUCGCUCUCUGUCCUUCGCCCUUUCGCUUUCUGGCCAUCUCCCUUUCGCUCUCUGGCCAUCGCCCUUUCGCUUUCUGGCCAUCUCCCUUUCGCGCUCUGUCCAUCGCCCUUUCGCUCUCUGUCCAUCGCCCUUUCGCUCUCUGUCCUUCGCCCUUUCGCUUUCUGGCCAUCGCCCUUUCGCUCUCUGGCCAUCGCCCUUUCGCUCUCUGUCCUUCGCCCUUUCGCUUUCUGGCCUUCUCCCUUUCGCUCUCUGUCCUUCGCCCUUUCGCUUUCUGGCCAUCUCCCUUUCGCUCUCUGUCCAUCGCCCUUUCGCUCUCUGUCCAUCGCCCUUUCGCUCUCUGUCCUUCGCCAUUUCGCUUUCUGGCCAUCUCCCUUACGCUCUCUGUCCUUCGCCCUUUCACUUUCUGGCCAUCUCCCUUUCGCUCUCUGUCCAUCGCCCUUUCGCUCUCAGUCCAUCGCCCUUUUGCUCUCUGUCCUUUGCCCUUUCGCUUUCUGUCCAUCACCCUUUCGCCCUCUGUCCAUCGCCCUUUCGCUCUCUGA